AUGGCGGCGAUAUUGAAGGUGGAAGAUGUCAAUCCUGAAGAUCGUCAGAUUCUGGAGAAACUGGCCAAAUUGCAACAAAUGUACGACCAGAUCGGCGGUCUUCGGGCAUUACUACCCGAAAAAUUGAUUAAUCCAACUCGUUUUGCCUUGGAUAACCCAGGUGGCUAUGAGCCUGAGAAACUCGCAGCAUAUCUACAUGCAGCAGCUCAGACCGGGAGUCGCGACGUCGAACGGUUCAAAAAGGAGUGGCACAGCGAUGAUGUAAGACAACUCCUGGACGUCGUCAAGGCCACAGACCUGGCCCAAGGCACUGAUGCAUGGGUUAUGGAUUACGGUAACUUCCUCCACGGAAGUGAUCCUAUCGAAGAUCAGCUUGUCGCCAUUAAUGGUGUUGAUUCGCACUCUGAUAGUCGCACUGGCGACACCCCAUUGGAGUCGAUUAACAAUUUCAAGAACAAGCACCCCGAGGUCAAGGUUGAACUUCUGGACGAAGUCAAAGGCCUUCCCGUCAACAUCACCAUAUCGCAGCUCAAGUUUCAAGUCGAUGAAGAUGCUGAUGGCUCUGGAUAUAGAGUGAUUGGCAGGCCAAAGACUGAAUCACUAGCUCUUCGGGAAAACAUUCUUGAAAAUAUCAACGAGAACACUGUUCUUGCCACGUUACUUGUAUGA